AUGCCGGUGGUGAAAAUCCGACUACAACAGCAGAGAGGUUUAAGCCCUGAGCUCCUGAAGUACAAGGGCCUAUACAGUAUACACUGUGCCCGAAUGAUUGUUCGUGAAAACGGGAUUCGUGGUCUGUGGGCAGGGGCUGCCCCAACAGUUAUGCGAAAUGGGACGAACCAGGCGGCAAUGUUCACAGCCAAGAAUGCAUUUGAUAAUGGGAAUGUCCUUCAGCCAUGGCAGUCUAUGAUUUCGGGUUUCCUUGCAGGGACAGCUGGUCCUAUAUGCACUGGACCUUUCGACGUUGUGAAAACGAGGCUGAUGGCUCAAAGCCGAUCAGGGGGUGAUUUGAAGUACAGAGGACUGUUUCAUGCCAUCUCAACUAUAUACACCGUACCGAAGAAGGUAUACGUGCUUUGUGGAAGGGGUUACUUCCCCGGCUUAUGA